GGAAAGCUAAAAAUAAUUUAAUUAUUAACGGCUACAUGUGAAAUUAAAUUUUACAAAAGGCUUGCUUGAAGUUACAGUUUUAGAUGAGAGUCUGUUCGUCAUAUAUGGUUUAGGUAUAAUUUUUCUUGAAUAUAAUAACCAAAAUAUAUAUAUCCAUAACGAUUUGAUUCAAAGGGUGAAUUCUAGGUCGAUAAUGAGUAUAUACAUUUGGGUUUUGAUUAUAUAACAAUAGCGGGUAAAAUUCAAAUCCGGCUAUGGAACAUGUGGCAACAGCGUCGGGAGUCAGCAGGAAUCGGCUGCCGCUCGAAAGAUCGGCGCAGGCGGCUCGACGGCAGGACGCGUCGCGUCGCCGCUAAAUCCGCUAUCGGUCGCUUCUUUCGCGCCGGCCGCAAUACAAGCGGCGCCCUCUUGCGUUUUCCUGCUGAAAUCUACGCAGAGCACAAGCGAGCGGCGGUAGCGAGCGGCUUGGCUUGGUUUGGCAACGUGCAGCAACAGCAGCAGUUGUGCGCGAAUGUGUCCGGGUGCCUCUCCUUUUGGCCCGAUGUUAACCUGACCCACCGCGACUGGGCAUAGCCGACGAACCAGGCUGGGGCGACCAACUAAACGCGGCCGAACAUAUUGGACCAAGCUGAAAAAAUUUCCGAACGGGUACGAUCUGAGCCUCCUCAUUUAUGAUAACUGCAGUAAGAAAUGGCUACGAUAGACGGCCGUCCCGCACAAUAUGGAAUAUCCCUGAAGCAACUCCGCGACCUCAUGGAACAUCGAGGUCGGGAAGGAGUCCAGAAAGUACAAGAUCUAGGUGGUGUACAAGAAAUAUGUAAGAAACUUUAUACAUCCCCAAGUGAAGGUCUUAGUGGGUCACAAGUAGAUUUAGAACAUAGAAAGGAAACAUUUGGUUCCAAUUCGAUACCCCCAAAGCCUCCAAAAACGUUUUUACAGUUAGUUUGGGAAGCUUUACAAGACAUAACAUUAAUUAUUUUAGAAGUAGCUGCAAUAGUUUCUUUGGGUCUUUCAUUCUAUCAACCAUCUGCAGAAGAAGAGGAAAGUGGAUUUAAUGAUGAUGAAACUAGCCACGGGUGGAUUGAAGGUCUCGCCAUUUUAAUUUCAGUUAUAGUUGUAGUGUUAGUGACAGCGUUUAACGAUUAUACUAAAGAAAGACAGUUCCGCGGAUUACAGAAUCGAAUAGAAGGUGAACACAAGUUUGCUGUCAUCCGAGCAGCCGAAGUUAAGCAAAUCUCUGUUAGUGACAUAGUUGUGGGGGAUAUUUGCCAAAUUAAAUAUGGUGAUCUUUUACCAGCUGAUGGUAUUCUUAUCCAGUCCAAUGAUCUAAAGGUGGAUGAAUCAUCUCUGACCGGUGAAUCGGACCAUGUCAAAAAAGGAGAACACUUCGAUCCAAUGGUUCUUUCAGGCACUCAUGUCAUGGAAGGGUCCGGUAAGAUAUUGGUUACAGCUGUUGGUGUGAACUCGCAAGCUGGCAUCAUCUUUACUCUUCUUGGUGCCGCCGUUGACCAACAAGAACAGGAAAUUAAGAAGAUGAAAAAGGAAGCUAAAAAGCAGCGGAAGAAGAAAAGUUUGACAGGCGACGAAGAAAAUGUAACUGGAAAUAGUCACAUGAACUCUCCUGCACCAGUAGCAAACAAGCUCGACAACGCGACAGACCAAGACGGUAAAGAGAACCACGUGAACAGUGCACCACCACCUGAAACCAGUCAUAAGAAGGAGAAGUCUGUAUUGCAAGCCAAAUUGACCAAACUGGCAAUCCAGAUCGGUUACGCUGGCUCCACCAUAGCCGUUCUUACUGUGGUUAUCUUGAUUAUUCAGUUCUGUGUCAAGACCUUUGUCAUCGACCAACUACCAUGGAAGAACACCUAUGCUAACCAGCUAGUGCGCCAUUUGAUCAUUGGUGUUACUGUUCUUGUUGUUGCUGUGCCUGAAGGUCUACCAUUGGCUGUAACCCUUUCUCUAGCUUAUAGUGUUAAGAAAAUGAUGAAAGAUAACAAUUUAGUAAGACAUUUGGAUGCCUGUGAAACUAUGGGCAACGCAACUGCCAUUUGUUCCGAUAAGACCGGUACUUUGACCACGAACAGAAUGACUGUCGUUCAAUCGUAUAUAUGUGAGCAAUUGUGUAAGACUAUCCCGAAGUUCAGCGAUAUCCCUGCGCACGUUGGCAAUUAUAUUAUACAGGGUAUUGCUGUCAACUGUGCUUAUACUUCCCGAGUUAUGCCUUCUGAAGAUCCAACUGAGCUGCCAAAGCAAGUUGGUAAUAAAACCGAAUGCGCUUUGUUAGGAUUUUCGUUAAAUCUAAAUAAAAACUAUCAAAAUGUCCGUGACGAUUAUCCGGAAGAAUCAUUUACCAGAGUAUAUACAUUUAAUUCGGUUAGGAAAUCCAUGAGUACUGUCAUUCCCCGCCAGGAGGGUGGGUUUAGGUUAUACACCAAGGGUGCUUCUGAAAUUAUUUUAAACAAGUGUGCCUUUAUAUAUGGUCAUGACGGCCGUUUGGAAAAAUUCACACGUGACAUGCAGGAAAGACUCUUGAAGCAAGUUAUCGAACCAAUGGCGUGUGAUGGUCUCAGAACAAUCUGUGUAGCUUUCAAAGAAUUUGUUCCUGGCAAAGCUGAAAUAAAUCAAGUUCAUGUUGAUAAUGAACCCAACUGGGAGGAGGAAGAUAACAUCGUGAGCAAUUUGACUUGCCUUUGCGUUGUCGGUAUUGAAGAUCCUGUCAGACCGGAAGUACCUGAUGCUAUCAAAAGAUGUCAAAAAGCUGGUAUUACAGUCAGAAUGGUUACUGGUGAUAAUAUCAAUACCGCAAGAUCCAUUGCUACUAAAUGUGGAAUUGUGAAGCCAAAUGAAGAUUUCCUCAUCCUCGAAGGCAAAGAAUUUAACAUGAGGAUUAGGGAUAGUGCUGGAGAGGUUCAACAACAUCUAUUGGACAAAGUUUGGCCUAAAUUACGAGUACUUGCUCGCUCAUCUCCCACAGACAAGUACAUUUUGGUCAAGGGUAUCAUUGACAGUACUGCUACUGAUAAUAGAGAAGUUGUUGCUGUAACUGGUGACGGUACAAACGAUGGCCCCGCUUUAAAGAAAGCAGAUGUUGGUUUUGCCAUGGGUAUCGCUGGUACGGAUGUUGCCAAAGAAGCUUCCGAUAUUAUUUUGACUGAUGACAACUUCAGCAGUAUUGUCAAAGCCGUCAUGUGGGGCAGAAAUGUCUAUGACAGUAUAGCUAAGUUCUUGCAGUUCCAACUGACUGUCAACGUUGUUGCUGUUAUUGUUGCUUUUAUUGGUGCUUGUGCUGUCCAAGACAGUCCUCUCAAGGCUGUACAAAUGUUGUGGGUAAACUUGAUUAUGGACACCUUGGCGUCUCUUGCGUUGGCUACUGAAUUGCCAACUAGUGAUUUGUUGCUUAGAAAACCUUACGGAAGGACAAAACCUUUGAUUUCUAGGACAAUGAUGAAGAAUAUUUUGGGCCAAGCUGUUUAUCAGCUGACUGUGAUCUUUUCUUUACUGUUUGUUGGUGAUAGGGUCUUGGAUAUUGAAUCAGGAAGAGGAGCAGAAAUUGGAUCAGGUCCUACUCAGCACUUUACCGUAAUUUUCAAUACAUUCGUCAUGAUGACCUUGUUCAAUGAAUUCAACGCGAGGAAGAUUCAUGGACAAAGGAAUAUUUUUGAAGGCAUUUUCACCAACCCCAUCUUCUACACAAUUUGGGUUGGUACUACUGCUUCACAAGUUGUCAUUAUCCAAUAUGGUGGAAUGGCCUUUUCAACAAAAGCUCUUACUCUUGAACAAUGGUGCUGGUGCCUCUUCUUUGGAAUUGGAACACUUCUUUGGGGCCAACUGGUUACCACUAUCCCCACCCGCAAGAUUCCUAAGAUUUUAUCAUGGGGACGUGGACAUCCAGAAGAAUACACUGAAGCUAUCACCAUUGGUGAAGAGAAGUUUGAUUCAGACUCUGAUAAGAAACCAAGAGCAGGUCAAAUCCUUUGGAUUCGAGGUCUAACUCGGUUACAAACGCAGCUGCGAGUAAUCAGAGCUUUCAAGUCUACCCUGGAGGACCUAGAAGAGCGCCGCUCGGUACAUAGUUUACACAGCUUACACAGUUUACGCAGUUCGCGCAGCCACACCGGCCCCUGGCCUCCGCGGCCACUAUCAGACAUCACUUACAUUGACGAAGAUCCGGCGAACCCGGCACAACGCCCUAAGGACGACCAGCGACCCGCCCCCUCCCCCAACACCUUGCGCCUACCAUCUCACAAUGCGCAGUACGCGCCCGCCCCUUCCGCGGACCUGCCUAAGCCAGUGCAUGAAACGCGCAUCUAGUGCUGUCGGUCCUGGCCGCAGCGGGCGCACGCGCAUUCGCGUCGGUUACAUGACCGCAUGCGCGUGCGUGCGCAAUCGCUUGACGCCUCUACUUGGUGAGUGCACUAUACCUAUUUGGAACGUACAUCUGAUUCCAUUUCGCCUAUAAUAAGCACCUGUCACCUCUUCGUACAUAUCUUUAUACUAGCUCAUUUUGAAAAAAAUCAAAUAAAAUAUCUUUGACAAUCAAGCAGGUCAACAGGAAUAAUUUUUAUUUUAUAAAAUUGUGUGUUUUUACAAAAUUUUAAUACGACACAUGCUAGCCUUUACUUACAGUGAGCAACUUAUCUUAUUUUGACAUAAUUGGUACACUAUGGCCAAAACUUCUGCAUCCUAUUCAUUUUUACCAGCUUUCACUGCCAGUGAAUGAUUUACUUAACCCAAGCCAAUAUAACCAAUUUUUAAACAUUUAAAAUAUAUUCGAAUGGGUCAAGUAAUUCCGGUAAGCGGUGCAAUUGUGUACUCUUAACAAGAAGCAAUGCCGCAAAAAAAAAAAAUUGAAAUAAACAUAAAUGUGUGCACCCCUCGUUUAGGCUUCCUGCGUUGUGGUCUGGGCCAUCUCAAGCUAAUAAUGGACUAGUGUGUUUUUGUUGUUAGCAAAUCCUUGUCCCUUCCAAUUAUUCCUAAUUUGAAAAAACCUCGUUCACCGAUUUUUUCCCUCUCCACCAUAGUCAAUAUACCAUACUUGGCCCCAAUCAGGUUUUAAUAAUACGAUUUUUGUUGCUUGCGUUAUUCGUCUUGGUGUCAUUGUUUUUAAGUUAUAAGUCACAAAUUGGUUGUGCAUUCGUUUCGUAUUCAAGAUUUUUGCUUUUUUGGGAUUAUGUUUAUUUAUUAUAUAUUUCUUUUUAUAGAGAGUUACUUUUUAUUUAUAAAAAUUAAAAUGGAGUAAUUUAAUUUAUACAAACAAGGAUUGGUUUAAGGAUAAACUGAUACUGUCCUACUGAACUCUUUUGAGGAUGAUAAAAAAUCGUAAUGUUAAACAUGUUUGGGUACUAUUCCGGUAUUUGAACUAGACCAUGUUAUUAGCUUAGCAAAGUAGACCAUUAUCUUUGACCGAAACCAUUACUACAUUGUAUUAUUUUGUACAUAUAAUUAUUUCGUCUUUUAUGUAGAACUAGCUGUAUGUAUAGCAUUUUAGAGUUAUUACUCUCAGGUUAGUGGUAAUGGAAAUAAAAUGAUAUUCUAUUUUUAAAGUUGUUUAACGCAUGCCAGUCCGCAGUAAUGUUAAUAAAAAAAGGAAAAAAAAUACGGCCAACAACAUGCAUAUAAUAUAAUCGCGUUAAAAAUGUCAAGUAUACCUCAAUCUUUGAAAUUAUUACAAUUUGUGGGAUUAUAAUACUUUGCUAAUUAUUGCCAAAAGAGUAAUUAAUUAUAUCUAUUAUGUGCUGCGCACAGCUGUGUGGGUCAGCAGGCUACAUUUACUUAAUCUCUCAAUAUUAUAGUUAUUAAAUUUAUAAGGAUCUUAAUCGUACAUACAUUUUACCUUUAAUUUUAUUUUUCUUCUCAUCAAAGGCUUGCCCUUUGAUACGACUUUAUUUGUUAUACAUACACCAAUGUUGUUUUUGGAUUUUUGAAAGAUAUAAAAUCAUGACUUUUCAAUUUAUAUUAGUACAUAUACAUAAUUUACACAUACUAUAUUUUAGUGUUAGUUUACUGCAAAUAAAGAUCUUCACUGGCUACAUAAUUAGUUUUUCUUUUGAGAUUUAAUAGACAGCAAUAAAACUAGUGCAGGCUCUCAUAUAAAAGAUUUAAAAGUAUUUCCCGUGGAAAGUUACUCGAAUAUUCAUGAUGCACUUUAUAGGAAAACACUGAUAAUGAUUUCUUAAUUUUGUAUUUGGGCGUUUUCACACCUACUAAUACGACACAGAAGAUUAUUUCUCUGAAUUUGUUUUCCGAAUAUACAGUUCUUAAGGCUGGUAUAAUUUGAUUCAGCAACUUAUGAGCAUACCCGGCACCAAAGUUUCCAUUCAGAUUAUCUCAACAACCAAAAUUCCAAUAGUGAGGAUCCAAAUUGGGACAGAAUGUAUAUUUUUAUAAUAUUUAGAGUUCUGAGUGUCGGUGUCAUUACAAGUGUGAAAUUGCCUUUUAAAAUUUCUAGCGAUAUUGGUUCGUAUAGCCUUAAUAAAAAUAUAAUACUCAUAGAUUUUAUAAAGCAACAAAAUUGCCUGUUUAAAAUUCAUUGAAAAGAGGAAAAUUGAGUUAACCAUGAAAUCUGUUGAUAUUUGGCAGUUCCUGGAGAAUAUGACUGUUCUGGCCUUUAUUGAGGGGGCUGCAUCUAUAUUAUAGUUCAAGGCUAAUGCCUUUUCUGAACGGUUUCGAGUCAGUUUUUGUACUAAACCUUGGAUAUUUUUAUGCCUUAGGUUUCAUAAUAUUUUAUCAACAAUGGAAACAAUUUUCAUAGAUUUUACAGGACAAUCCUGAUCCUGCAGGCAAUAAAAUAUUAACAUAAAUAUGAAAAUUACUUACCAACACAGAUAUUUUGUACAUGAUAAAAAUAUCAUAUUUAAUUUUUGAAUUAAACACCAUUCUCAAUCCAAAAACAACGUUCCAUUAUUGAAUAUUUAGAUUGUUAUGCGUAAUUCAUUGGGCCAGCAAUGUAUUUUUGCCUAACAUGAUAUUUAUUUACUUUAAAAGCAUAUUUAUGCUUUUUGCACUCCCUCCUUUUCCCCUAAACGUAAAAUGAUGUGAUUUUUUAGAAUUGUUUUAAUUUUUUAAUCCUGUGACUGGCUCAUCUAUAGAAGAAGUUUUAUAAUUGUGCAUAUUUACUUACUAUACUUAUUAAUUAGAUUAUUAUGAAACACAUAUUAAAAAAAAUGCUCUGUUCUUAAUAUUCGGCACUGAGCCCAAGCACAUGUUGGAGCUAUCGUGUGUCUAUACUCUUUGAAACACAUUUUUUAUAGAUCACAUCUACUUACCUAUAUUAUUGAGUAGUUCCACAUUUUCUUAAGAUUGCAAAAAAAAUUCAGCGACUACUGGGCUUUUCACUUUUCUUGUUAAUUUUUUAUUUUAUUUUAAUUAAAUCAAUAUACAGGAUGAAGUUUUCUUCAUUUGGUUUUAUUUCUUUAUAACCUCAACCCUAUGAACUUCCAUUUUGUUUUAAUUUAGCUUUGUUUUUAUAGCAACAAUUUUUUAGUUCUUAUGUUUGUAUUUUUGGGACCAUCGUUUAAGUAUUGGUUUUUGAAUCAAAUAAUAAUAAUGUAUAAAAAUGGUCCGUAGUUAUUUGUUGCAUUAAAUGUGACAUCUGGUUAUACAAUAGGAAGGUAUCAUUGUGUAAAUAUUAAAUAUCUGUGUUCUUACUUGCAUGUUUCCCAAUUUUAUUUUAUGCCAAAAUAAUUUGUUACAACUCUAAAAUCGUCAUGAUAUAAUCAAAAAAAUAAAAAAUUUGUUAAUAUUUUAGCAUAAUUUUAUAUUUUAUUAUGCAGGUUUCAAGUAACACUAUUUGUUUGAUAAUUAUUUUCGCGAUUGGUGCGGGGUUGUAAAGAAAUAAGAUCGUUUGGUUUGGUAAGGUGCAUUUUGUCUCGAAAAUAGUAAUAUCCUAAAGCUUCGUACAGACCUGGGGUCGUAUUUUCGAAUAUUCUCGCAUACGAAAUUUGAUACGAUUUCGAAUGCUCCCGAUUUAAUUUACAUUGCUGUUAGUCAAAUUUCGUGUACGAAUGUACUCGAAUAAAUUCGAAAAUACGACCCCUGAACGUUACGCCGAACAACACACAGAACAACGAACCGAACAACGAACGAGCAUUAAUGUGGAUGGGGCUACAAACGCGUUUGCAAACAGGUUCGCAAAUCCUGGCCGUUCGUAGCCCCGUCCAAACUAGCGUUUCAAUCGUCGUUCGUUUUUGUUGUUCGGCGUAAUGUUCAGGUCUGUACGAAGCUUUAUAUCAGCCUUAACCUGUUAAAUAUACCUACCUUUUUAUGUCCAAGUACUUAUGUUAUGUUGCUUAUUUUAUUAUUACAUGUAUUAUACUUUAACAGGAAUUUUCUACUUGGAAAAUUAUUAAUAAUAAGCAGAAAAUUAAACUUUGGAAUUAUCAGAAAUAAGGUUUUAUGAAUUAGAAAAUUUUCAGGACAAACUAUGUAGGCUUAACCAAAACUAUCAUACCUGUAUAUAUAAAAAUGCGCUGUUUUUUUACAAACUUCUCCCAGGUUUUUUACUAGUAGAGUCUAUUAUUCUAUGCACUAUCUUCAUUGUUUUGUGUCUUCACUGUGUGUGGGAUCUUUCUUUAAUGUUGCCCUUUGUUACUUCUUGAAGGUGAUAGGUGGUGAAUUACAAGAACGUUUGAUUCCGGUUCCAUACAGCAAGAGCUCAACUGACCAAGCUGUGGGGCAAAAUCAAAUCCGAGUAGUUAAUGCUUUCCGACAGGGCCUAGACGCUCGAUACGGCGAGCACAGCAAUGCUUCCCUAGCCGAGGUGCUCCGAAAACAAACUUCCCUCUCUAAGAGGUUGUCGCAAGCUUCUUCCAUAGAAUAUGCUGACAACAUCCCCGACGAAUUGACUAUUCCGGAAAUCGAUGUGGAACGACUGUCAUCUCACAGCCAUACAGAGACGGCAGUCUAGCCGUCAUUUAGUAAGCUGCGUAGCUCCACUCGUACCUUACGAUGUUAAAUUCGACGUCAAAAAGCGCGCGAUUCGCCUGCCGCGAACUGUAAGCUGCCGGUUCUGUAGUGCCGUUCCCCCGGCGGACGCAGUCACGGGACUUAUUAUUAGUUCGGCGGUAGCCGGUAGCAGUCCGUAAACUCACAUGAUACGAUACCACUCUGCGACCUUAUAACACUUAUCGUCAUUCCACCUCUUAUGAUCGCCUCCUGGCUCUGAUAAGACAUACAAGGAUGGCCAACUGCUUAUUUGGUUGUACAUUGGUAUCGUACUUCACCUCAAAGCCUAUUCUUAUGCAGUCGCCACCGAGCUAAAAGCAAUAAGUGGGGAUAGACCGCCCCUAUCAGGUGCCUAUGCGGCGGUAGUGGGGUACCGCACCCCGUGCCAUCUUACAGCCUUUCGCGGAAACUUUUUCUUACCCAACAGAAGCAUUUGGUCGUCCUGUAAAGGGAGACGUUCUCGGUAUUCGAAUCCAUCGGAACGCCGAGUCCGACCGCCACCAUUCUGCCAAACACGGAGGGAGGCGGUAAUUUUUUUUUUGCGCACCUACGACGUUCCUGAUCGUCUUGAUUCGUUCACGAUCCCACCUUUUUGCUCGAUACUCGUAUUAGAUUAUACCAAAAACAUUUUAAACUUUACUUAGCCCUACGCGAUACUUUAUCUACACUAACGAUUUAAGCAACCAAUAUUUUGCGCCUUUGCCUGAGGUAAGUCAUAUUUCAAAGUUUGACAUUGACAGUUUCCGAUAUAUUUUUAAAAUCCGCUUGGUACAAAAAUUAUUCUUUGUAUCUAUUUCUUCUGCUCUUCAUUUCUGGCCAUAAUGCCGAACUACCUUGUGAUUUAUCUACCACUAUGGUAGAAAAUAUGACACCAAUUGGAUAACAACAAAGAUUAUUUACUAGGAGUAGUCAGGAUGAAACUUGAUCUCAAUAGAUGAUAAAAUACUAGGUACCUAAAUCAAAAAACUUUGGCCCAGAAAAUUGAUAUCCAUUUUGUGUCUAUGCGAUUAUAAUAAUAAUAAUAAUAAUAAUAAUAAUAAUAAUAAUAAUAAUAAUAAUAAUAAUAAUAAAUGCCUUUAUUUAUUAAUUUGAACUAAGUUACAGGUAAGUAAAAAAAAAAAUCAACAUUGUUGAUGGCUGAUGACAUGGCGCGCAGUCUAGCCACACGGCCACGAAAAUAUCAUUUUAGGUACUAAUCAAAAUAUAAAAAUAAUUUAUAAUUUUCGAUUUUUUAGACAAAUUACGUAUCACCACAAGUAGACCAUAAGAGAUACUUGAAUGUGAAUUUUUGAAUUGUUUUCAACAACUUUAAUGUGAUAAAUUAAAACUAAACUUUUUUUUUUUGAAACAUCAAACGUUAUUCGAAAUGAGUGGUAAAACCCGGACACUUGAUAGGAUGUUGAAGCGCAUUUCGGAUUUUUCUGAAUUAAUGUUGUACUGUAAUAUAGGAUUUGUAAAUAUUCUGAGAUAAAUAGGUUGGUGUUAGGUUAUUCUAAAUUAAUAUCGCAACAAAUUUUUGUGAAAUGCAGCCUUCCUGUUCAUAUAAACUUACUUUUUCUAGUAUUUAGAUAAUGAAAGAUCCAUCAUAAUUACCUAUAAUAAUUUGAAUAUUUAGAGUAGCGGCAAAGAGUUUAAUCAUUUUCAACACAAAAGUUAUUGCAAAUUUUGAAUGUAGUCACUAAAAAUAAUCCAUCCAUUAAUCUAAAUAAUAAAAAUAAAAAUUAUUUGUGUACCUAUGCAUCUGUUAGUAUAGCUAAAACCACAGCCUUCCCUAUAUUAAUUAACAUAUACCGUGUUAUCAACUCAGUAUAAACAUUAUUACUUAGGUGAAAGUGGUAGAUGGAAAUUGUUUAAUUUUCACUUAAAUUAUUUUGUCUUUAAUAUUUUAAUUACUGUGGUAUUUUAACACGAUUCUCAGAAUAUUAUUGUUCGAACAUUUUAUCAAACUUAUGUUUUUUUGUUAGAUGACACUGUACUGUAAUUGUGUUCUAGUUUUAAAUUUUGAUAGUUUUUCAUUGAUCAAAAAGUAUAAGCGUGAAAUAUUAAAGGCAAUCGUUUCUGUGUUUAGAUUAUUCUAAGAUUAAGCACUAACAGGUAGAGCGUAGAAUAAAAUAGCAGUUGGGAUAAGGCUUUUAGAAAAGGGAUUGAUUCAUAAAAUACAUACGAAAGCUUCGUUCAAUAAUAUAUGUACGUUUGAUAGUAUCGAAGUAUUUAAUUUAAAAAAAAAGUCUUGUUGAGUAGAAAUAUAUUUCUAAAUUUUGAAGUAUGUAUAGCAAAAUGCUGGGAUCGAUGAACAAUCUGUAACAUAUGUAAUUUUAUAACUAGUGGCAAUUGUUUGUUAAAUCACCCGUUAUGGUCUCUCCCCGGUUGAAAUUUAUUAUUACCUAGGUCUAAAAAAUAUUAUACAGUUAUGUAGAUAGAUUAGAAUAGAUUAUUAAAAAUUGAGAUUUAAGAUUCGCGACUAGCUUGGUUGUCGCAUUCAAGUUAGACAUGGCAACCCAGCUUGUCGCUUAGGCUCUGCUGCUGAUGCUUAUAAACUUAAUGGUUUUGUAUUUUAUACUAACUCUUUAUUUUGUUUGUAGAAAUCCGUUUUAUUUGUAAUAUACAUAGGAUUAACAUAAAUAUAAAGCUGUGUCUACUGGCAAGCCCGCCACGCGACUUGGUAGUGACGCUUUAGCAGAACAUUCUUAGUCAAGCGCUUUUUCAACAUUUUUUUUUUUUAUUGUAAGUUUUUAUUAUUUUGUUCUUGUUUAUUUAGUAGGUUUUUAAGUUAUUUUAUGAAAUAUAUUUUGUUAGGAAAACAAAUUAUAAACUAUUAACUACCAAUCACAGAAAUUCCAAAUAAAAAGUGUAUUAAAGGACCAAAAAUGUCUUUAUUUGAUUUAUUUAUAUGUUUUCAGCGCUGAUUGGUAAAAAAAUAGAUUUUUUUUCAUCACUGAAAUGAAUAGAUAAUUUUUGGUAAACAUAUGCCAGUAGGUUUUACAAUGUGGAUCAUGAUCUGAAGUUCAAUUUUAUAGGUUAUCCAUAUCCAUCGUCAACGGUGUUGAUUCUUUAUGCAAACUUUUCAGUGAACUUCCUUUUCCGAGAAUUGCACUACUCUAUCAUUAAUUCCGUUGCUACAUACUUCCAAUUUCCUGAUGGAUCAGAGCUCAAAACACUUGAAUUGCUGUUUGUUAUGAUCUUUCACAUCAGUUAUUCUACCACCCUGGGGCAUUUUCAGACUAAAAAAAAAUGUUUCAGCCAUGAGCUUCUAAAUUAAAUUGGAUUACCGACUGCCUUCGGCUUUCCAGAUAUAUAUAGGUAUAUUUUUUAAAAUGCAAAAGUAAUGUCCUAUUUUUUUCCCACUUUUCUAGGGACCAACACUUUCUUAUCGCGUCUUAUGACUUUCCACAAAAAAAAAACUUGUAAUCUCCAAAAUAUUGGGCUUCUAUUCUAAAACAAUUUUUUUUUCAAUGAACAAUAUUAUAAUGUUGACUUUUUUGAAAUUUCAAAAUUCCAGCUAAGAAAUUUGACAUCAGAUUCGUAAUUAGCUGGCAAAAAUAAUGAAAACUAUCAAUGAAACAAGUAUUUAUUGCCAUAUUUCCAAAAUUGAUUCUGAAAUAAACAUGGGAUAAAAUUGCUUUCACAUUCCUCCCUAGUUUUUUUGUUCUAUUUUGUAGGUGGAACAAGAACAUUUAUCAUUUUGAAUAUUAUUUCAAUACAAUUUUUAUUCAUUUAGGUACUUUAUUUCUUUCCCUCAAAUUUUUAUUCUGAUGUCCAAGCCCAGUUCUGCCUUAAAAGAUUAAGGAUGUUCUGCGAACCUACCUUAUCCUACCUGUAUUGUCGCAAUUGUUAAGGUAGAUAUGUGAUAGAUAUAGAGUGAUAAACGCGUUUUUUUCUAGAAUAUACGUGUCUGACGGAACAGCCUGAACACCGCGGCUUGUUACACGCACAUUUUAUACCCACACUCCGUAUCGGAAUAAGUUUCUCUUCAUUUAGACAGGAAACAAGGGGUGUUUUUUGGUAACCAGAAGUGACCUCUUCUUCCUGACAAAUAAGUACAGUAUUUUAGCUCGUGUAUAUCUCCAUAUUAGAUGAUCAUUUUAUAUCGAUUUAUUUAUCUACCAUUUUUUUAAAUCUAAAAUUAAUUCUUAACGGCAUUUUUGCUGUCACAGCUGAUAUAUCUAAAGUUGUAUUGUAGGUAUUGCACUGAAAUAGUUACAAGUGCGGUAUAACCAAUUAUAUUCACUAGCGUGGAAUAGUUCCAGAAUAGGUCUUAGACAGAUUCUUGAAGCCACAAGGAGUGUAAUAGAAAUGCAUUAGCGCACGUGUAACGUACAUCAUUUUAUCUACGACCGUUGAUAAGAUUUUUGACAAAACAAUUAGCGAGCAGUUUUCAUCAUGCCAAAAACAAUUUUGUAUCAAACAAUACCUAAAUGAGUUCAUUGCAUCACAUAAUGAAUCUUAUCAUUAAGUAACUCAAAUUACCCAAGUUGUGAUGAUGUACCUAAUAAGCGUCGUAGAUAAAGUAUAUUUAUUUGCUAGGGUCCACUAAAUUAUUAUAUUUUAUAGCUUAAUAAGGAACUUGACGCUUAAAUACUGUAUGGCUUGUUUGUAGUGGAGUAAUUUUUGAUGAAUAGACUAAAGCUUAUUUUCUAGUCUAUAAAGACGAUGAUCAGCGACAAUCCCCAAAAAAUUCCCGGGACAAAAACGAAAUAAAUGAAUUCACUUUUACGGCCUAUAGUAAUGGCGUUGGUUUUUAUUUCGGGAAAUUCGUUGUGGCGUCACAACAGGAGUAUCGCUGAUUAUCACGGAAAGAAAGCUGCGCUCCCUACUCACCCUCUCGUGCGCAGGUUUCUUUCUGCUACCAGUAAGCAGUAGUCUAGUCUAAGUUAUUUUCGUCUCAGUGCCGUGACUCGUAAGUGACUUGGAGAAUGCCGAGGAUAAAAUUUGAAAAAAAACUUGUCAUUCGGCGCAGGAAGUCGGUGUGCAAUCGCGCUGGAUCCAAUAGGACAUACCUCACCACCAAUUGAAUAAGAUAAUAUAGUACAAUUAUUCCAAGAUUAAUUUUCCUGAACCUCAUGUUUUACUAGGAAAUAGUUAUUGAUGGGGUGUUAGUAUAUAUUGUAUAAUGAGCAACCAUAUGGCAUGUUAUUAUAAUUGUAUAUUAUUGAACUCAAGUGUCGGUUGAACCGGGUUGUUUUUUUUUUUCUGUGUACCUAUCGCACAGACUCUCCAUCAUCUCGGACGCGGCACGUUUUGCUACAUAAAAAUACAAACCAAAUCUCCUAUAUUUAUUAAUGCCAAAUAUUUGUGAAGUGGCAUUUCAGUUGAAUGUUGUUAUUUGUAAUUUAAUGGUAAAUAUGAAAUCGUUAAUUUGUUAUAAUUGUUAUUUUAUAAUAUAAACUGAUUUGUAUAAAGCUACAACCUCCCUAUAGUCCGGUUUUGGCCAUUCAAAAAAAUCAAUGGCCAUCGCGCGGACUUUGGGUUAAAAAUCGGAAAUGAUUAGUUAUAGUCGCAAGUGUGCGACUUGACUCGUCUACCUACUAUAUAUAUUAUAACUUAUUGUCUGUCUUAUUACGAUGUGCUUUUAUUUAUAAAAUAAAAGGUCAUGAGCUUUAAAUUAAUGGGAGGUAAAUAAUAAUUGAACCUAAUAUCUAAGGUGUUAAUGUUCCAUUUCAGGAUCAAAUAUAAUAUUUUUGUGAAAAAAAAAAGCUUUUUUAUUCCUUGUUACGUUUGUUAAAUUUUGCCCUGAAAUUGUAAAGUUAGUUCACAAUAACUGUAAUAUAAUUUAAGAAGAUUAAAAAGUGCUACAAAUAUUUUCAUAAAAAUAAACGUUAAAUCUUCAUUAAAAUAUAAUCACGCAUAUAAUAAGAUAACUGAAUUUUAUUUAACUACCUAGCCUCUAUGUAAUUUUAUCUAUCCCAAAAAAAAACUGCAUAAUAUGCUUAGCUUAUACCUAGUGGUUCUUAUAUAGUUAUAUAGUAUACAUAAUAUAUAGGUACUUAAAAAUUCUUUAAAUAUAGAACUUAUAUUGUAUAAUACUACAAUUAUUAUAUUUAAUUAUAAAAUGCAUAAAAUUUUUCAAUUUAUAGGUUUUAAAAACAGCACCCUAUACUGUCGUGCUAUGAUUGUUCUCUACUGUUUCUCUUUGCUGUCUGAUCCGGUCUGGAUCCAGACACCUCGGUCACUCUUAGGACGACUGAAUAGACACUGUAUUUGUUGAAUAAAUAAUUUAAAUAUAACUUAAUUCAUACCAAAAUAGAGAUCAUUACAGUAAACUACCUAUCUAAAAAUAUAUUGUAUAAAUUUACUGCAAUCCGUUUUCUGGGACCGGCGCUGCGCGUCCGUUGCCCAGAUUUUGAGAGUGGUUUUGAUAUUUUUGUAAAAAUUGAUGGGUCUUCUUACGCCGAAGAAAUAUAUGACAAAGUAUUGUUUUUUAA